ACAAGUACUGGAGAGAGCUUCCGCCUGCUGGUUCCAUGGAUUUCAAUGAGAACUGUUCAUUGUGCGAGGAGCCGAUUUAUGGAGGAUUCCAUGUUUGACUAUGGGGCUUUGUCGCAUGCUUAGUUGUUAGUGGCGCUACUUUGGCACCGGAGCAUGUGCAUUGAAAACCUAAACGAGCUGAACAUCUGCACACCUGUGAGCAGCAGUAUGAUGCAGACAGGAGUCAUUCUGAGACAGGACACUGAGACAACACUACCAGAGCUCACUGAACAGCACAGGAUCAGACUGAAAAAAGAGGAACUCGGUGGACUGGUCCACAUGGCAGAGUCAGAGACGUGUGCUGCAGCAGGACUCAACACUCUGGAGCCAGUGUGUGUUACAUUACACGGAGGGGUCAGUGAUGUACACCAUACACACACAUCACUGAUUAAAACAGAAACUGAUCUGGGCUUCACCCACCCUGGGGACCUUAUUAAGAAAGAGACACUAGACAGUACAGAGCUGGGAUAUGUAACCCAUGUAUGUAAUCUGCAUCCUGACCAAAUCAAAACCGAGACUGGUGAUGGAGGAUACCUUAAGGCAGAACACAUCAGUGACUUGAAGAAUAUGAAAUGUGUUCAUUUGAAAUCUGAUAAAAUGAAGUGUGAAUCCAGUGAAAGUUCAGUGAGUGAUCUCAUGAAUGCUAUGAUGAAUGGAGCUGCAGGUGAUCGCAAAGCCAAGACAGAACCAUCGCAAUGUGCAGGAGAGCCAAAUCCAAACUGUAAGAAGGAAGAAAUGCAUGAUCCGCUGACCCAGUGUGGAGACUUAAAUCACCACUGUCACAUAAACGGUGAGAAUAGUCAGACCAGAAUUCUGCAGAAAGGUGGAAAUGGCAGCAACAAGUGUAUUAAUUUCCAGGGAACAAACGAGAGAACUGAAUCCAAUCCAAGACUUUGGAAUUUCUGUCAGAAGGAAGCAAUUAAUAAAAAAAGCCUCCAAAAGGUUCAGAAACAGAUAAGGGAGAACCGGACUGACUGUGGUGACACGUAUGAGGCAUUGGGGGCCAAAGCGAGCAAUAUGCCCCCUGUCCUCACUCCUUAUGAAUGUCCAAACUGA